AUGCAGUUCGACGCCGUCUGGGCUUCCCUCGCGUUUGGCGCCCUCGGCUGCCUCCUGCUGCUCGCUUGCCGCCGUCGUGGCGGCAAGGAUCUUCCAAAGGCGAUGCGCCGGCUGGUGGUCGUGGAGCCCAACGCGGACCUCGCCCUCGCCAGAGUGGUGGUCGAGGAGGAGGCGCCGCUUCCGGUGCUGAAGCGUGGCCAGGUGCUCAUCAAGGUGUGCGCUGCCUCGAUCAACCCGUCCGACUACGGCGCCUGGCGCGCAAGGAGCGCCAAGGGCGAGUACCCGCUGCCGACCGGGCAGGAGUGCAGCGGCGUGGUGGUCGCAACCGGAGGCGGCGUCUCGACGCUCGGGCUCCUGGGCCGGCGCGUCGCCGCCUUCCCCGGCAGCGGCACCUACGCCGACUACAUGCCUCAGGCCGAGGCGCCGCUCAACAGCCUCGGCCUGCCGCUGCGGCCCGGUGCGAGCCCGUGCGCCUUCUACGUGCAGCACGGCGCGUGCCGGUUCGGCUCGAGGUGUCGGUACAAUCACCCGGAGCCGACCCAGCUGCGGCAGAUCGAAACGCUAGAACGGCAGAUGCUGCGGCCCGGGUGGUCGCCGCAGAAGACCGAUCAGCGACGGCCCGCCGAGAAUCUCUUCAAGACGAGGGUCUGCCGCAACUGGGAGCGCGAUGGGACAUGCGCCGACGGUGCGAAUUGUCGGUUUGCGCACGGAGAGCGGGAGCUGCGGGCUCUCGCGCGGGAGCCGCCGCCGCGGCUAUGGCGCGUUGAUUACCUCCUCGUGCAGCACGGCCACUGCAAGAACAAAGAAGACGCGAAACAGCUCGUCAAGGCCGGGCGUGUGCGCACGGGCUUACGCGGGGAGGUGGUCAAGGCCCCCGGGCAAAAGCUGCCUGGCGACGCGCGUCUCGCUGUCACCCCCGACGGCCAACAACUGGUCGGGAUCCUGGAUGCGGGGCCCGCGGCGCUCAAGCCCGCGCCCGCGUGCGUCGUCUGCGGCAUGCAAGGGGUCAUCGCGUCCCAUCACAUUCGCGACUGCCCCGCCGUCGCCGCCGCCGGCAGCGAUGCCGCCCAGGAGCAGCUGAUUGAGCAGUCGCGCGCCCAACGCAAGGCCGUACAGCAACGCGUCGUCAACCUCCUCGUGGCACGCGGGCUCUGCAGCUCGAAAUCCGCCGCCAGCAAGGCGAUCAAGGAAGGGCGGGUCACAAGCGGCGGCGAGACGAUCACCGUGAUGCGUGGCAGCUGCCGCCACCUCCCUCCGUUCAGCCGACAAGCGUCCGCCGCCGACAGCCGAGCCUCCCAGUGCGUCUGCUACCAAGCAUGCGCGGCCGGGACCGGCACCGUCACCGGCAGCAGCGGCUCCGGCGGCUGCAGCGGCACCAGCAGCGGCGCCGGGACCGGCCCCGGUGCCGGUGGCAGCAGCGGCGCCGGGACCGGCACCGGCGGCAGCAGCGGCAGCGGCAGCGGCAGCGGCAGCGGCAGCGGCAGCCGCAGCACGGGCGGCUCCUGCGGCAGCAGCACGGGCGGAGUGUGCCGUGCCACCGCCGCCGCCGUCGUCACCGUCGCACUCACCGCCAGCGCGAUGCUCGAGUUUGGCGACCCGCUGCAGGAGGAGCGGGCUGCGAUGCGAAGCGUCAACUUCCCCGCCGGGGCGUCGGAGGGGCGCGCAGGCGGCCCGGCGCGCGGCAGCGAGGUGCCUCGGAAGUGUCUUGGAGGUGUCUCGGGAGGUGUCUCGGACGUGUCUCGGAAGGUGCCUCCCACGGGGUACCUCUGCCACAACUGCAGGCAGCCGGGCCACUGGAUCGGAGACUGCCCGCUGCCGCGUCAGAGCAAGCGGCCGAGGGACGACGCGUCCGCCGACGCCGCGAGCGACGCGGGCGAGGGCGCGGUCGACGGCGGCGGCAGAGGAGGCGGAGGCGGCGGAGGCGCAAAGCGUCCUAAGGGCAAAGGAAAGCAAAGCGGGCCUCCGGACGGCUACGUCUGCAGAAUGUGCAGCAGCCCCGGCCACUUCAUCGCCGAUUGCCCGCUCGCCCCGCGAGAGCGCGCGGCGGAGCGGCCUCCGCCCCCCGCCGGCUACGUCUGCCGCAAGUGCAACCAGUCGGGGCACUGGGUCGAGCUCUGCCAGCUGCGCGGGCACCACAACCCCGCGUCCGUGGUGCCGCCGGUCACGCCGAGCGCCGGCGGCGGUAGAGGGGGCGGCAGCAAGUUCUGGCGUACAUACAUUCUGCCGCUUGUCGACAACCCCAUGGGAGAAGGGGCGAUGGUGGCGCAUCUAGCCGCCCAUUCUGCCGCUUGCUCUGGCACCGAGUCGGCGGAGGUCGGGCGCGACGUCGCGGAGGCGCUCGAGGAGGCGGAGGAAGCCGCCACGCUCGGUACGGGCGGCGGCGGCGGCAUCGCGGCGCCGCGCCUCGAGACGCCCGAGGAGAUUUCGGCGUGGCAGGAGGCGAGGCGCACGAAUUGGCCGACGCGCGCCAACAUCAAGCGCAAGGCGGAGGAGGCCAGGGCGGCGGAGGAGCCCAUGCGCGUCGCCGCCGGCGGUGAAAGCGGGCGGCCGGUGCCGGUGCCGGUGCCGGUGGCAGGCGGGGACUCGCGCCCCUUUGACGUGCCCGACGACUGGCAGCAAGAGCGAGCGAGCAACGCGGCGGCGACGACGACGGCCACCUCGCACGGACUGCCGCCGCCGCCGGUGCCGCCGUCGUUUGCCCCGCCUUCUCUGAAUUCCGCCGGGCGGGCGGGCGGGCUGCUUCCCUGUGCGAGGCGCGAGGCGCCGUGGGUCGACGCGACGUCCGAGUACACCUUUUCGGACGGCUCUCGCGUGGCGGCUGUCUCGGGGGGUCCGCCAUUGCCGCUGCCGCUCAGCGCCGGUCCCGACGCGAGGGGGGCGGUGGCAGGUGGGGCCCACGCUCUGCAGCAGCAGCAGAAGUACGCCCUGGAAGCGAUGUGUGCCCCGAACGAUGUGCUGUAA